AUGUUUGAGCUUCCCUUUGUACGAGCGAACAAAAGAAUAAGAUCACGCAGGAAGCUUCGCUAUCAAUAUAUCGAUGCGGUAAAUAAAAGAUACCAACGCCUAGGGGCUGGUGGGGAGAACGGUGGGCUUCCAACUCCAGAAAACUCGGCUGCAGAAGAAGUCAGUGAUAGCAAUCACCAGAGUGGAAACUCGGCUAUCAGACGAAGAACGAGGAAAAGGAGACUUCAAAGCGUCCUGGGGGAAGCGGUUUCAUCGGAGAGCAAUGAAUCCGAUUUCGACGAAGAAAGCGAACACAAUCUGGAGGACUAUGAGAAAGCUUUUUUCAAUAAACACCAUAAACCACAGGACACUUACGAGAUUUGGAGAACCGAUGUGAAGGCCAAAACACCAAUAAGGAGAACGACAAUGGCUUACAGCGAUUGCAAGUUUGCGGAGAAAGUGGCACAAGAACGCAUAUCAUCUAAACUAUUGCAUGGUUCAAACAAUCUGAGGUCCUACUUUGAGUCGCUAAAAGCUGGCUACGAGAUAUGUCCACGGAAACACUUGGAAAGUCACCAAAAAACUCACAUAAGACACCUGAACGAAAUCCUUCAUUUAAAUAUCACGAAUGGACGCUGGGACGUUGCCUAUCGCUGCUUUUCCAUUCUCAUAAGGCUUCCGGGUAUCGAUGUGAGGAGUGUUUGGGGAAUGGGGGUAAGAAUUUUGCAUGAAGUAUCUCGAGUAGAUACAUCCAUCGGUACUUGCGACGAGUUUCUGGCUUGGUUGAGUAGCGUGUACUCAUCUAGAUAUAAUUACAAUCAGGCUAAUAUCUACACAAUGGAUCCUGUCUUUCGGUCAGGGUCCAAGACGCACACUCCUAAAUUUGUCACGACUUGGCUUUGGGAGGCGCUAAUCGCCUGUAGCAUUGAUAAUGGGAAAGAUAACUCUUCGGUAAAGGAAGUUAAAAUACAGACUACUACGAAAUUGGAAUUGCUCCUUGACAAGUUAUCUGAGUUGGUCCAUGUGCCACCUUAUAUGGAUGACCCUCAGAUUUGGUUUAUUUAUGCCAUAUGUCAUGUAGUAAUGGUGGAUCAAUUGUCACAACAAUGUUUGGAUAGUUAUCAAGACAAAAAUGACUUGAGCAGAGACAUUGCGCGUAAUCAGGUCAUUCAGCAUAUCACAAACGCCAAGAAUUGUUUAUCCACUUGUGAAAGCAAAGGACAAAACUUCCAGUUUCCGAAGGGAGCCAUAAAAAAACAGCUUGCCGAGUACGAAAGCCGCCUUUACGAACUAUCGGACGUAUCCAGUCCGUCUGAAAGCGAAGAGCAAAAGUCACCGAUAGAACAACUAGAUACACAAGUUUUAACGGAAGCUCAUUGGUCAUCGGAUGACUAUGAGAAUUACUUUGGAGGAUCAGAGCAGGUUCAAUUCGGCGUAGAAUCUGACAGCAGUGACUGA